UCAGGUGAAAUGGCAUGAAAUCUGCCUCAGCACUCCUGCGGCUAUCUUGGAAGUUCUGAAUGCAUGGGAGAAUGGUGUUCUUUCUGUGGAAGCUGUCCAGAAAAUUACUGACAACAUCAAGGGGAAAGUGUGCAGUAUGGCCAUCUGUGCAGUGGCCUGGCUGGUGGCCCAUGUCAGGAUGCUGGGGAGGGAUGAGAGGGAGAAGCCCCAGACUAUGAUCCGACAGCUUGUAACCCCAUUGUAUGGGGAGAACACUCUGCAGUUUUACAAUGAACGCGUGAUCAUUAUGAGUUCCAUCAUGGAGCACAUGUGUGCCGACGUCUUCCAACAAACAGCCGCGACCCUGCGCCCCCCAAUGGAGGGACAGGAGCCAAUCCCCUACCGCAACCUGCUGCCAGCCAAAGACCCCAUCCACGUGGCCCUCAGCAAGCAGUUCCAGACAGUGCUGCGCAAAGGCUGGGUGGACAGCCGGGCCCUGCAUCUGUUUGAGAGUCUUCUCAACAUGGGAGGCGUCUUCUGGUUCACAAAAAACUUGGUCAAGGAGCUGCUGAAGGAGACCCGACAGGAGUGGGCUGAUCGGGUGGCAGAGUUACUCUACAGCAUCUUCUGCCUGGACACUCAGCAGAUCACCCUCACCCUGCUGGGUACCAUACUGCCCGACCUCCUCACAGACUCCGCCCACUGGCACAGCCUAGCAGACCCCCCUGGAAAGGCACUGGCCAAGUUGUCUGUGUGGUGUGCGCUCAGCUCUUACUCCUCUCACCACAAAGGCUCGUUCUCAGCUCGUCAACGCAAAAGACAGCGAGAAGAUAUUGAGGACUACAACAGCCUCUUUCCCUUGGAUGACACUCAACCUUCUAAACUCAUGCGUCUGCUCAGCUCCAAUGAGGAUGAGCCUGUAGCCCUUUCCAGUCCAGGAGAUCGAUCAAUGAGCAGUUCCCUCUCUGCCUCCCAGCUCCACACCGUCAACAUGAGGGACCCUCUCAAUCGAGUCCUGGCCAACCUUUUCCUCCUCAUUUCCUCCAUCGUGGGCUCCAAGAUGGCGGGACCACACACCCAGUUUGUGCAGAGUUUUAUGGAGGAGUGCGUCGAGUGCCUGGAGCAGGGGACUCGCGGAAACAUCCUGCAGUUCAUGCCCUUUACCAUGGUUUCUGAGCUAGUGAAGCUGCCUGCCCUGGCCAAACCCAAAGUUGUCCUGGCCAUCACUGACCUGACUCUGCCGCUAGGGAGGAGAGUAGCUGCCAAAGCCAUCUCUGCCUUGUAAACUGGGGGUUUAAACUUACCUCGGGACCAUAUUAAGGUGAAGGGGACGAAGUAUAAACCCAACCAGUGUUUUUAUCUUGCACAGAUAAAAACAUUAAUCUUUUUUUGAUAUAUGUUCUUUUUGACAUUUAAAGAAAUGUGUAAAUAACUUUUAAAAAUAAAAAACCCAUAAUGAAGA